AUGACUGUAACUGAACGCUUUGUCGACGCUGAUGAAGAACCUUUACGAAGAAUAAUGCCGAUCGAAGACUACGAAAACGAACCGUUGGUAACACUUCAAGAAGCAACUAAAAAUCUUCAACGAUCGAUAAAAAAGAUUAAUGCUAUGGUUCGGAUCGCAAAAAAAAAUUAUAUAUCUGAUCCGACAAAUAAUCUGACUGUUGAUGAGGCCGCAGCCAUUUAUCUUUAUACUAUUGAGAAAAAGAAAGCUCAUAAAACAGUUUCUUUUCAACUGAAUAAAACACUUCGCUCUAAUGAACGAAAUGAACUGACUCCUUGGCUUUCCUAUCUCCGACUCUUUCUUAGUGGUUUGAAUAAAUUACCGUCGAUAAAAGGUACAAUUUGGCGCUUCGCUCGAGGCGACGUCACUGGAAAUUAUCAAACUGAUUGUGUCUGGUUUGGAUUCAGCUCGUGUACAGGAAUCAAGUUGGUACUUGACAGAUUUCUAGAUAGAACCAGUAUGUAUACAUUAUUUCGAAUUGAAUGUAUCAAUGGCAAAUCGAUCCACAAUUACUCUAGUCGACCAGAUGAAGAUGAAGUUUUAUUGAUGCCUGGUACAUAUUUACGAUUGAUGAGCAAAGGAAAGUUACAAAAUGGAUUAUGUUUUGUUCAUUUACAAGAAAACGUUCCCCAAUAUUUACACCCAGGUCAGCCUUUGGGAUUUUCAUCUUCUACGUACGAUACCCACCGAACAGAUCAAUACUUCAGAUCACCUACAAUUCAACCAAAUGAUCAAAAAAAAUGUAUGUAA